AUGACGAAGACAAGGAGAAUGAACACGGAAAAUCACCAAACCGAGGAAGAGCACGUUCAAGUUGAGGACGAAACUGAUCUCACCGAGACCGUGCGCUUGCUCAAGCAGGAGAUGGCUGCAAUGAAACAGCAGCGCGAGAAGGAUGCAAAGGAACUUUCGGCUUUGAGAGCCGAAAAUGAGGCGUUAAAGAGUCAAGACUCCUCAUGGAAACCUACCCAGCCUACUAACGCUCAAACACACGGAUCUUACCAAUCCCAUGAUAUCCAUACCUCGGCUAUUCAUGCCUCGGCUGCGGCACCACAAAAAUUUCAAUCGGCCCUGCCUACAGUUGGACGUCCCACCGAUGUAGCAACAGUGGGAUCACACCGGCAUCCUUUUACACCUUCUAUCAUGCAGUUGCCUUUAAUGGAUAACUGGAAAUCGCUGCCGAUUGAUAAAUAUGAUGGUACUUCGGAUCCUGACGAACAUCUUGAUGUUUUUCUUACGCAGGUAACAUUAAGCACAACGGACGAUGCUGCUCUGUGUCGGAUUUUUCCCACAUCGUUAAAAGGCCGAGCUUUGAGCUGGUUCACUCGGCUCCCCCCCAACUCUAUUGACUCGUUCAACACCCUAUCUUCUCAGUUCACGGUUCAAUUUGCAACGAGUCGGCCUCACAGUUUGACAUCUCUGUCGUUGGUUAGUCUUCGGCAGGAUAAGAAGGAGACUCUUCGGGCUUUCAUGGAUCGUUUUAACAAAACCGCUUUAGAAAUUCGGGAUCUUAAUCCUGCAGUGGCACUCCAUCAUCUGACGACAGCUUUGAAGCCCGGGCCAUUCGUCAAUAGCCUGUGCAAAAAACCCCCUUCAGACAUGAAUGAACUUCGAAGACGAGCCGAUAAAUAUAUGCAGAUGGAGGAGUUGGCUGAGUUCCGAAAUCAAGCCCGAGCUGAACCAUCGGGAAAGUCUGACAAGCCAGUAGAACCAUCUUAUCGGGGGCGAAAUAAGGAGAUAACUCUUCGUGACCGACCAACGCGGGGUCCGAAAUACACUCAUUAUACUCCCCUCAAUGCAAGCCGAGCUGCGGUGCUUGAACAAGCUCUAGCAUCAGAGGUGUUGGCCGUCCCAAAAAGAGCUGUCACGCCACCACGCGCCAAUACUAGCAAAUCUUGUCGGUAUCACCGCAAUAGGGGGCACUCUACCGAGGAGUGCGCGGCCCUCCGAGACAGAAUCGAGGAUUUAAUCAAGCAAGGCUAG